AUGGCUUCUCGAACUGGCGUCCCGAUCACAUCUCCGCCUCUUGCGGGGCAGUCGAUUGAGCAUGAGGGGAAGACAUAUGAGACAGUCAGAGAAGGCCACGCAUACAUUCUCAUUCCGCCAAACACUCAGAAGUCUGUCGAUCCUCGAGCCAAAGCGAAGGCAGGUGAGCACCUAGACAACUAUAACGUCUUCUACAAUCCUAUCCAACAGUUUAAUCGAGACCUGAGCGUACUAUCCAUCAAAGCUUUCGGCGAAGACUAUGUGCAGCGCAGGAGGCAACGAAAUGAGAAGAACAAGGAGAAGAAUAACAGUAAGCGCAACAACAAGAAGAGGAAGAUAACGGAGGUCACGGAGGACAAUAAUGACCAAGAAGGUGGGGCAGAGGACGGUGAAGUGGUCAAAGACGAAAAGAACGGCGAAGCUGCGAACGGCGAAGAUACGAACAGUCACCCACCUCAACCAGCCGGGCCACGAUUUCGCAUCUUGGAUGCGUUGUCGGCGACAGGCCUGAGAGCGCUACGGUAUGCGAAAGAGAUACGGUUUGCCACUGGUGUCGUCGCGAACGAUAUGAACCCGAACGCGACCAAGAGCAUGGCUCUGAACAUCCAGCACAACGACUUGGCGGCUUCAAUCACGCCAAAUACAGGGGACGCGAUAGGACACAUGUACAGCGUUGCAUACCCACCGACCAACUCACACGGCCCGCAUCACGUCAAUGCAAAGUACGACGUAAUCGACCUGGACCCAUACGGCACUGCCGCUCCUUUUAUCGAUGCCGCGCUACAAGCACUAAAUGAUGGCGGGCUGCUCUGUGUGACGUGCACGGACUCGGGAGUGUUUGCUUCCACUGGUUACUGCGAGAAGACAUACGCCCUCUAUGGCGGGAUGCCUGUGAAAGGACCAUUCAUGCACGAGGGCGGUCUCCGCCUGAUCAUCAACUCGAUUGCCUCCGCUGCUGCGAGGUACGGCUUGGCCAUCGAGCCGCUUCUGUCCCUGAAUAUCGACUUCUAUGCGAGAGUAUUCAUUCGAGUACGGAAGAGCGCAGCAGAUGUCAAAUUCUACGCCGGCAAGACCAUGCUCGUUUACUGUUGUGAUUCAGGAUGUGGAGCAUGGUCCACGAACCUGAUUGGUCGCAACAGCAAGCAGACUGGCAAGGGAGGAAAUGAGUGGUACAAGCAUUCGAUCGAGCAAGCCCCAAAGGCAGAUCGCUUGUGCGAGCAUUGUGGAAACAAGACUCACCUAGGUGGCCCCAUGUGGGCAGGGCCUCUGCACAACGCUGCAUUCAUCGAGAAGAUUCUUGAAGAUCUCGACUCGCUCGACGACAAAGUCUACGAGACCAAGCCUCGCAUUGAAGGGAUGCUGACGACCGCCUUGGACGAACUUCUGGUCAAUGACGAAGCGACACAGUACGCACCCGCGAAGCAGAAAGAUGGGACUGCUGAGAUGAUAUCAAAAGUGUCUCCCGAAGUGGUGGACCGACACCCUUUCUUCUUCAACGCAUCGGCGUUGUCCAAGAUUCUUCACUGCAUUGCGCCAUCAGACACUGCCAUCAAGGGUGCGCUUCGACAUGCCGGGUAUCGAGUGACUAGAAGUCAUUGCGCGGCCGGCAGCAUCAAGACAAAUGCACCGUGGACCGUCAUCUGGGAGGUCAUGCGGGAGUGGGUGCGCCAGAAACAGCCCAUCAAAGAAGGUGCGCUCAGAGAAGGACAAGCUGGCUGGAGGAUCAUGCAAAUGGCUCGUAAGCCAGAGGAAGAGACAAACGGCACGUCAGACGGAGACACGCCUGAGAUUGUGACAGAGCACACCUCGACUGCUAUGAAAGAUGCCAACGCCGAGCCGAAGAGAAUAAAGGUUGUCUUUGACGAAGUGCUCGGAAAAGACAAACCCAGCGCGAAGCGUAUCGUGCGGUAUCAGCAGAAUCCUCGGGAGAACUGGGGUCCCAUGACCAAAGCAAAAGGAAGCGCCUAG